ACCAUCCUGGAAACGCUACAAACGUAUAUGAUGCACCAGUAAAACGAUAAGCAUAGGACCAUCGACAUCGAUUAUAAAUAAAUUAUUUUUUAAUAAUUCUUAACUGGCCUUGUUCUUAGAUUUUAAAUAUCGAACACUAGAAUAAAAGAGUAUCAAGUUGUUUUAAAAAUAAAAUAAAUAUUUGUGAGUGAUAAAGACUGUGAACAAAUAAAAUUUGGACGCAAUUACAUGGAAAUGUUAAGCGGGAAGAUCUUUUUGUGCUUUGUAUUAGUUGUUGCGUGGCGCGAGUCGGCCAGUCUACCAGUGCUGCCUGCCCUUAUAGGAGAAGAUAACGAAAUAGAAAUAGCUUCAGUACCGGAGGUGCGGAUACCAGUGGAGAUGAUGAGAGAAGGUGUACCACCCCCACUGUGCGCGGGCAGGUGUGUGGCUCCAGCCGCAGGACCUGUAUGUGCCUUCGAUGCGACAGGCACUGCUAGGACGUUUGCAACAAUAUGUGAACUGGAAGCUGCGUCGUGUCGCGAGAGUACAUAUUACGCGAUCACGAACCUGGGUGAAUGUUGACCGCAGACAUUAUGUAUUAAUUUUAAAUUUAGUAUAAGUCUAUUUAGUAUAUUAUAUACCGCUCGAAUUUAUUCUAUCUAUACAUCAAUUGUUUAGAACUCACUUGAUAUGUUUUUACAAAAUCUAGCCUAGACCAUAUAAAUUCACAGCGGGAGUAACCGAUAAUAUAUAUGGUUCACUAGAAUUCUCGAGUUGAUGUGUAGAAAUAAUGAAUUUAUACUCCUAGAGUAAUCAUAAUAUUAACUUUUAUAGGGAUUUAUUCCACACGUGUAAAAAGCAAAAUAUUGAACCAACAUUAGACAAUGAUGUUGUAAUUGCCAGUAUUAGGCGUAGGUUUUAAGGGUCCACGCUACAGAAAUUUUAUUGCGCAAUUUCAUUAUUAUACUAUAUCUAUGUCUAGGUAAGUAUAUUUUUGCGCAGUUUUCAGGAAAGUUUCUAUAUAGCUCAUAAUAUAAAGACGUGGAAUAAUAAUUCGCGAUACUAAAAUAUACGGAUAGACCUUAAUUUAAAUUCAUCAUGUGGUUGAUAGAAAUAUUUGCAGCAUUACCUAUGUGACCACUUGAAAAAAAAUACAAACGUUCCAAAAAUAAAUAUUUUUUGGAAAAUUCUAAAUAUCGUAUGAAUUACGAUUAUUUAAUGUAAAGGUAACUUAUAUCUAUAUUGUUAUGAUUAUGACUAAAUAUUAUUAGCGUGUAUCUUAAGCCAACGAUAGUAGGUUGUUGAGAAAACAACGCAAUUUGUAUCAAAUUAAAAAAAAACUUUAUUUAGUUUAUAAUAAGACUUUGGUCAAAGAGUUCCUAAAAUUCUAAAUUAAUUUUUAUACUAUAGAAAAUUGAAUAAAUUAUGUUCUUUGAUUAUUAUUCGGAAAUUUAUUUUUAAGAACAUUGAAUGCAUGUAAAUUUGUUGAAAUUAUAACAAUACUAAGGUCAUGUGUACCUAUAACAAAAUAUGUCCCUAGUACCUACAUUUAAGUUGAUUACAGCGUAAUUUAUAGUUUUUAUUUAUUGUACAAAGUACGAAAAUAAUUUCUUUGUUAAAUGAACAGAAAGUGUCGGAAUUCUAACCCAUAUUAGCAUUUAAAGGCAAAUAAAUAAAAUAAAGAUUCGAUAAACAUUGUA